CCCCCCCCCCCCCACCCCCCCCCCCCCCCACCCCCCCCCCCCCCCACCCCCCCCCCCCCCCACCCCCCCCCCCCCCCACCCCCCCCCCCCCCCACCCCCCCCCCCCCCCACCCCCCCCCCCCCCCACCCCCCCCCCCCCCCACCCCCCCCCCCCCCCACCCCCCCCCCCCCCCACCCCCCCCCCCCCCCACCCCCCCCCCCCCCCACCCCCCCCCCCCCCCACCCCCCCCCCCCCCCACCCCCCCCCCCCCCCACCCCCCCCCCCCCCCACCCCCCCCCCCCCCCACCCCCCCCCCCCCCCACCCCCCCCCCCCCCCACCCCCCCCCCCCCCCACCCCCCCCCCCCCCCACCCCCCCCCCCCCCCACCCCCCCCCCCCCCCACCCCCCCCCCCCCCCACCCCCCCCCCCCCCCACCCCCCCCCCCCCCCACCCCCCCCCCCCCCCACCCCCCCCCCCCCCCACCCCCCCCCCCCCCCACCCCCCCCCCCCCCCCCCCCCCCACCCCCCCCCCCCCCCACCCCCCCCCCCCCCCACCCCCCCCCCCCCCCACCCCCCCCCCCCCCCACCCCCCCCCCCCCCCACCCCCCCCCCCCCCCACCCCCCCCCCCCCCCACCCCCCCCCCCCCCCACCCCCCCCCCCCCCCACCCCCCCCCCCCCCCACCCCCCCCCCCCCCCACCCCCCCCCCCCCCCACCCCCCCCCCCCCCCACCCCCCCCCCCCCCCACCCCCCCCCCCCCCCACCCCCCCCCCCCCCCACCCCCCCCCCCCCCCACCCCCCCCCCCCCCCACCCCCCCCCCCCCCCACCCCCCCCCCCCCCCACCCCCCCCCCCCCCCACCCCCCCCCCCCCCCACCCCCCCCCCCCCCCACCCCCCCCCCCCCCCACCCCCCCCCCCCCCCACCCCCCCCCCCCCCCACCCCCCCCCCCCCCCACCCCCCCCCCCCCCCACCCCCCCCCCCCCCCACCCCCCCCCCCCCCCACCCCCCCCCCCCCCCACCCCCCCCCCCCCCCACCCCCCCCCCCCCCCACCCCCCCCCCCCCCCACCCCCCCCCCCCCCCACCCCCCCCCCCCCCCACCCCCCCCCCCCCCCACCCCCCCCCCCCCCCACCCCCCCCCCCCCCCCCCCCCACCCCCCCCCCCCCCCACCCCCCCCCCCCCCCACCCCCCCCCCCCCCCACCCCCCCCCCCCCCCACCCCCCCCCCCCCCCACCCCCCCCCCCCCCCACCCCCCCCCCCCCCCACCCCCCCCCCCCCCCACCCCCCCCCCCCCCCACCCCCCCCCCCCCCCACCCCCCCCCCCCCCCACCCCCCCCCCCCCCCACCCCCCCCCCCCCCCACCCCCCCCCCCCCCCACCCCCCCCCCCCCCCACCCCCCCCCCCCCCCACCCCCCCCCCCCCCCACCCCCCCCCCCCCCCACCCCCCCCCCCCCCCACCCCCCCCCCCCCCCACCCCCCCCCCCCCCCACCCCCCCCCCCCCCCACCCCCCCCCCCCCCCACCCCCCCCCCCCCCCACCCCCCCCCCCCCCCACCCCCCCCCCCCCCCACCCCCCCCCCCCCCCACCCCCCCCCCCCCCCACCCCCCCCCCCCCCCACCCCCCCCCCCCCCCACCCCCCCCCCCCCCCACCCCCCCCCCCCCCCACCCCCCCCCCCCCCCACCCCCCCCCCCCCCCACCCCCCCCCCCCCCCACCCCCCCCCCCCCCCACCCCCCCCCCCCCCCACCCCCCCCCCCCCCCACCCCCCCCCCCCCCCACCCCCCCCCCCCCCCACCCCCCCCCCCCCCCACCCCCCCCCCCCCCCACCCCCCCCCCCCCCCACCCCCCCCCCCCCCCACCCCCCCCCCCCCCCACCCCCCCCCCCCCCCACCCCCCCCCCCCCCCACCCCCCCCCCCCCCCACCCCCCCCCCCCCCCACCCCCCCCCCCCCCCACCCCCCCCCCCCCCCACCCCCCCCCCCCCCCACCCCCCCCCCCCCCCACCCCCCCCCCCCCCCACCCCCCCCCCCCCCCACCCCCCCCCCCCCCCA